UUCCUGGCUUUCCAGUCCAAAGGGGCCCACUCUCCCACACAUCACUGGCGACCAUAGUCUGCACCUGCUGCACCUGGUGACUGCCUGACCGGGCUUCGUCUUGUUCGGCAGCAACAGCAGCAGCGGCGCCAUUCCAUUCCACCUUCCUGGCCUGCCUUAUUGUUCCAUCCAUCCACCAUCCAACUGGACCAUUCCAACCAUCCACUCAAUUCCCGCCGCCGCCGUCUCGCAGGACAACCCACCUUCCUCACACCUCACGACUUUCCCACGAUGCGAAUGCUCCUCACUUCGCCCACACCUUUUUCCGCAUCAUAGACAGCAUCGCUAUGCGCGCCUUUUCUCUCGUUGCUUGCAUUCAUCGUACAUGACUUUGCGCGCGCCGCACUAAUUAGACACAAUGGAUGAUCUCGCGAGGGCCGAGUACCCGGCCAUGCUGGAGCACCUCCAGCCCAUGCAGGCCGUGAACGUCCUUACCGAUCGUGUGAAGAGAAUAAACAAGAUCAACACCGAGAUCGCCGACUGGUUGCAGGAACGCCGCCGAGUCGAAGAUCAAUACGUCCAAAGCCUCAAAAAAUUGCUCGCCUUCAAGGUCCCCAACAGCUCGUCUGAGCUCGGCGUCUUUUCCGGUCCUUGGGACAAAAUCCUCCAAUCCGUCGACUCAACUGCCCACUCCCACCACGUUUUCGCGAGCCAACUCGAAAAAGAUGUCGAGGGUCCCCUGCGUAACUUCUCCUCCCGCAAGGAGAUGCAGAACAUGCAGACCAUCACCGCCAACUUGACCUCUAUGGCCCGAGACCUCGAAGAUGCCCAGAAGAAGACUGAAGCCUUGGCUCGAAAGGGCCCCAAGACGAACGCCCAGAAGAUGGCGGAUGCCACGGCGAGACUGGAGUCUACCACCCAACAGUGGGAUUCGCAGGCUCCCUUCAUCUUCGAGACCCUCCAAGCCCUUGACGAGCAACGCGUUAACCAGCUGCGCGACCUGCUGACGCAAUACGAGACCCACGAAAGCGACCAGGCGCAACGAAACCAGAGCCGCGCUGCUGACACCUUGGCUUCCAUGCUGGAGAUUAGCACCGAGCAAGAAAUCGCGAGCUUCAAGGAAAGGAUUCUUUCUGGCAGACCGAGGUUGGAGAAGAGGGCCACGGCGUCUAGACAAUCCUCCAAUGCCCCUACGAGCCAGACUCUGGCACCACCUCCCCCGCCGCCCAGCAGUCUCGGCCACCACGACGAUGACGCAAGCGAACACUCCGGUCUGGGCGAAGGAAAGAGUGAAUCGAAGCUGCGAAGCCGAAUCGGCACGAUGCUCGGCCGCCGCCGGCAGAGCGUCCACGGCGGAUUCGGUCAGAUUUCUCCCGGCAAGGGCGGCGUUCCUUCGUUCGGCCGAGGCCUUAGCAGCAGCCAUAGUAGCACUCACGUUCGCCCCGGCCUUUCUCCCCGAGCAUCGUCGAACAACCUGAACGAGACGAACAACCGCCUCUCCGCUCUUCCCGAAACACCCGACUCUCCCAGACCACCUCAGUCCUCCGGAACAGACGGACCGCUCCACGAAGGCACCAACGGCUUCGGCAACUUCCCAUCGGAUAGUGCUCGGUUGGGUUCUUCUGCUGGUCCCGUUAACGGAAACCAUGACUCCGAUGCUUUGGAUGUUGCUCCACCACCCGGUCCUCCCCCGUCACAGGGCAAAGACUCCCAAGCCAAGGACGACGAAGGCUUCACAAUCCGGCCACCCGAUAACGAUCCGAUUUCUCAAGCUCAGCGCGAGGCUGCCGAGGAGAACGAGCAGAUGUUCAAGCUGAACAUUGCGAGCUCGCCCAUCGCCGAGGAGGAUGCCGAUGCGAAGCAAGCUGCCAUGUCGAAUGUCGCAAACACGUUGACCCAGAUGGCUGCGCCGUCACGCAAGCUGGGAACUGUGCGAGGACGGAGAGACGUGAGAAAUACCAUCUACGUCCCGCCUCCUAGCCUGCCCGAACCCGAGCUCACCAACGAAAAUCCAUUCCCGACAUCGCCAUCAUUGCCGAGCCAGUCGUCCAAGCCCACGACCGUCGCUGCCCUCACAUCCGAGGCAAGCAUCGCCGCAACGUCAGACACGCAGUCGAUCCGCUCCGCAAACUCCCUUGUGAGCCUCGCGCACCUGAAACAUCCCGAAAUGCACCAGCCUGGACUCAAUGCCUCUGUCAUUGAAACGGUAUCGGCAACCUUUGAGGAUGGAACCGUCAAAAGCGCCAAGGUUCACGGUGAAAUUGCUUUCGCCUACCACGCAACUGGUGAUGCCCCGCAAGAACAUGAGACGAUCAGGAUCAACAACUUCCCCAGCCUUGAAGUAAUUGGACCGAACCGUAUCUUUGUUCAGAACAGCCCCGGAAAGUCUGAUGAAUUCAACUUGGACGUGUCGCAUCUCAACAAGACAUCCACAGCGUUUACGUAUAGAGUACACGGUGGUGAUGCCGACGGCUCCAGCUUAGCGGCGCAAGUCCCUCUGCUGAUCCGCCCGGCCUGGAAGCCGCAGGGUGACAAGCUCGGACUUCUUUUGCAGUACUCCCUGAACCCCGCAAGUAACCUGACAGCUCCUGUUACACUACAGAACGUCGUAUUCGUCGCCACAUACGAGGGUGCCAAGGCUUCAGGCGCCCAGACAAAGCCGACAGGAACGCAUCUGAAGGACAAGCACCUGGUAUACUGGCGCUUGGGCGACUUGACUCUCACAAACGAGACGCAGAAGAUUGUGUGCCGUAUUGUGGGAGCUGAGAACGCGGAACCCAAGCCUGGGCACAUUGAAGCCCGCUGGGAGCUCACCCCGGAGACUCUGGGUAGCGGCAUCAGUAUUUCUCGGCUGGAAGAAACCAAGGGCAAGGGCAAGGAUGAAGAUGCCGACCCCUUUGCUGAUGAUAACCCGACCUCGCCGGCGCUGCCAGCUGAUCAGCAGUGGGUGGACGUGAACUUGGUGAAGAAGAUUACCAGCGGCAAGUACGAGGCCAAGUAAUCUUUGCAGCCAUGAACUUUUUAUUGAGGAAGAUGUGGUGCGAGGUGUACAUACCCGUUCAAAGUGGUAGACUUUGUAUUGCCAUUGGAAGACAGACCAUUUUACAUAGCGAGCGCAUGGCAGGAGAGGAAAAGAAGACACCCCCCGGAUAAUCAUUUUGUCUGGCUCAGUCACUUGUUGAUUUUUACCUCCCCAUCUUCUUUCUGGUGUUGGAUUUUCGAGGAGUAUGAUCUCGUCGUGGGGUCAUCCCUUUGAUGACGGAGACGGACUUUUUCUUUUCAGGGGAAGGCUUGUAGGUAGUUUCUGUACCGAUAUGAUGAAAAAAAGAAAGAUUUUCAAGAUACUAGAUGUGCCUUUUCUCGUU